AUAUGCCAGCUGUGCGACCAAUACCAUAUUGCUUCUCCUUUGGUUUUCUUCAUCACUUGUUCAUCGUGUUAGGGUUUGCACCAGAUUCUCCCAAUUCCUUAAUCGAUUGCGCGGUUUCAGUAGAUUCUUUUCACGAUGACUCAAGAUCUUGAGAUGAAGGAUCGCUCAACACCUUCUAACUCUGUUUCUUUACCUGCUCCAUCUACUUUGCAGCAUUUGAAGGAGAUAGCUUCUCUUAUCGAGACCGGUUCGUACUCGAAGGAAGUUCGUAGAAUUGCUCGCGCUGUUCGCCUUACAAUUGCACUGAGGCGUAAAUUAACAGCAUCCGUUAUCUCAUCCUUUCUCGAUUAUGUUCUUACCCCUGGUGCUGAAGCUCACACCAAAUUGUCUGCUUAUCUUCCCAAGGAGGAUGAUCAUGAGAUGGAAGUGGAUGCAGCAACAUCUGCUAGUCAAACCCCAGUUAAACACUUGUUACCUGAGCUAGAAAUCUAUUGUUACCUGCUGGUACUACUUUUUCUGAUUGAUCAAAAGAAAUACAAUGAGGCCAAAGCUUGUUCCUCAGCUAGCAUUGUUUGGCUGAAGAACACAAACAGAAGAACUGUUGAUGUUAUUGCAUCCAGACUGUAUUUUUACUACUCAUAUAGCUAUGAGCUUACAGGAGAUCUUGCUGAAAUUCGGGGCAACCUCCUUGCGUUGCACCGGAUUGCCACCCUGCGCCAUGAUGAGUUGGGUCAGGAAACGCUUCUUAAUCUUUUACUUCGUAACUACCUUCACUACAACCUAUAUGAUCAGGCGGAGAAGUUGAGGUCUAAGGCUCCUCGAUUUGAAGCACAUUCAAACCAGCAGUUUUGUCGUUAUCUCUUCUACCUUGGGAAAAUCCGUACAAUUCAGUUGGAGUAUACAGAUGCAAAAGAGUCUCUGCUGCAAGCUGCUCGGAAAGCUCCAAUUGCUGCGCGAGGCUUUCGAAUUCAAUGUAACAAGUGGGCUGUGAUAGUGCGUUUACUGUUGGGAGAAAUACCAGAGCGAACUGUCUUUAUGCAGAAAGGAAUGGAGAAAGCUUUAAGACCUUACUUUGAGCUUACAAACGCUGUUCGGAUUGGAGACUUGGAACUUUUUAGGAAUAUUGCAGACAAGUUUUCCACUGUCUUCCAUGCAGAUAGAACUCAUAAUUUGAUUGUUCGUCUGCGGCAUAAUGUCAUCAGGACUGGUUUACGCAACAUCAGCAUCUCUUAUUCUCGCAUCUCUCUAGCUGAUGUUGCCAAAAAACUGAGGCUGAACUCUGCAAAUCCUGUUGCUGAUGCUGAGAGCAUUGUAGCAAAGGCUAUUCGUGAUGGUGCAAUUGAUGCUACAUUGGAUCAUGCCAAUGGGUGGAUGGUGUCUAAGGAAACUGGAGAUAUUUAUUCCACAAAUGAGCCUCAGUUGGCCUUCAAUUCUCGGAUUGCCUUCUGUCUUAACAUGCAUAACGAGGCAGUUCGAGCUCUUCGUUUUCCACCAAACACGCACAAAGAAAAGGAAAGUGCUGAAAAAAGAAGAGAGAGACAACAGCAAGAGCAAGAACUGGCUAAGCAUAUUGCUGAGGAGGAUGAUGAUGAUUUCUGAUAUUUUCACCGUACCAGUUGCAGUCAGGAUAUCUUCAUUUCCAAUCUUUGCUCAUAUUUACCUUUUGAAGAACUUCCAUUAUCAUUUUCUUUUCACAAGGUGAAUUUUUCAUUCUAAGUGGAAGAUCUCUGAAAGUCAGUUUACCACAUUAAAAUAUUUACUGUUUUUCAUCCUUGAUGACUGCUAUGGUUUGUUGACUUGUUCGGAGAUUAUGUUAGGAUCUGAGAAGAAAAAGUUAAAUAUCUAGGACCGUACUAAUUCUGUUCAAAAAGUUCUAUUAUUAGAUGCUGUUGCUCUGAAGGAUUUAUUGAAUUAUAGUGUGAUAAUCAAUUUUUCUAUCGUGAAUGAUUCAUUUUCUGAGUCCCCGGAUGAAAUCCUUACUUUCACAUUUGGUUGGAGAUUGGAUUAAGACCACAGCUUGCAGCAUGAUUCAGUUUGUUUACCAUGUUGGUUUUAUGAAAAUAGGGUUUUUUGGGUGUUACAAGGGAGGUCUAAAAUCUGGUGUGGAAGAGGGGAAGGGUAGAAACAGGUAAUGUGGUUUAGACACAGUUGUUCAAGUGCUGACAUUAAGCACCCAUUGUAGGGCUGCCUUUCGAACUGAGUCUUGUUUUAUUUGUGAACAUGUCUCUGAAGGUUCUCUCCCUCCCGUUGACGUUCCCAAUCAAUUGGGCUUAUUUGUGAAGAUGCAUUUUCCCAUCACUGAUGAGGUCGUGGGAUUUAUUUGUAGUUGAGAAAAUAAGUAAACGUGCCGCGGUUUACAUCCCGCGGUUAUUAAAGCUUAAUUAGAAAUGCUUUGGUUUUUCUUU